AUGCUGCGCUCAACCCCACUUACCUCUUCUGCCCACUCCCUCCGUCGUUGCUUCCUUUCCUCCCUCUCCCUCCCUCUCCCUCCUCUCCCUCCCUCCCCCUCCCGAUCUCCCCCGCAGAUGGUAGCCAAUUCCGACGCCGCGCCAGGCGGCAGCAGCGGCCACUGGAGCAGCGGCCACAGCAACGGCAUCCGCGCGCACGCCGCCUCCACCUCCCCUUCCCCCGCGCCCUUAGACGCCCUCGCGCCGGGCGACCCCGCCAGCGUGCCCAACAGCGGCCACCACAGCGGCCCUCACAGCGGCCACCACCAUGACAGCAGCGGGCGCUACGGAGACCGCGGCGGAGCUCCCGCGGGCGGGGGGCACGCGCGGGGAGGCGGGGGGGGAUGGUCGUCGGACAUGGACAACGAGGGCGAGGCGGGCGGGAUGGCGAUGGCGUACGACAUGACCAUGCCCGACGACAAGCACGGGCUCACGUCGGGGCUGGCCUCGCCGCUCAUCCACAGCACGCGCUACGAUGACGACCUUGAAAAAGGGGGGGUUGGCGGAGGCGCGAGUAUCAUGGCGGGGGGCGCAGGGGGGAGAGUGGGCGGUGCGGAGCCGGCGCGGGCGGCGGGGGCGGCGGGGCGCGGGGCGACAGAGUUUGGGCGGCGGACGAACACGACCAAGGACGUGCGGGAGCAUGUGAAGUCUGUGAUUCAGCAGAACGAGGGGCUCACGCAGCCCUUUGUGGUGCGCAACCUCACGCUCACCUACUUCCUCACCGUCGCCGUCGUCAUCCUGCUGUCCCUGGGCGGGCAGCUCGCCGUGCACUUCGCCAUCCAGAACAGCAAGAGCGACGCCACCGUGGUCAACGUGGCGGGGCGGCAGCGCAUGCUGAGUCAGCUCAUCUCCAAGGACAGCCUCGAGAUCUACGUGCUGCGCACCGACAACCGCAGCGUGGCUUACUAUGUGAGCGAGCUGAGCGAGCGUGCGGCGCUGUGGAACAAGUCGCACUACGGGCUGUGGCACGGCAGCCCAGAGCUCAACCUGCCCGGCACGGGCAACAGCGCCAUCGUGAAGAAGAUUGAGGAGCUGACGCCGGCGUUCCUGGCCAUGUUCUGGAGUGCGCGGGGCAUUGUGGAUCUCAACCCGGACAACAUCACGUGCCCCUCGGAGCCCUGCGAGCAGCUGAAGAAGCAUGUGGACACGAUAAUGGAGAACGAGGCCUUCUUCUGGAAGACGCAGGACGCCAUAGUGCUCAUGUACCAGGAGGAUGCCGACACGCACACCAACACCAUCCUCAUCCUCUCUUGGGUGCUCCACAUGCUCGUCAUCGUUACCCUCGUUCUCGAGGGUGUUUUCGUGUUCCGCCCCGUGCUGCGCCACAUGCAGUCGCUCAUCAACGAGCGCUUCGCCCUCCUCCAGCGCAGCCUCGUGUCGGAGGCGGAGAACAGGGGGGUGUCGGUGCUGAUGAUGGGGUACAUCAGCCACGAGCUGCAGCAACCCCUCACCUCGCUCUCGCUGCACCUCCACCACGCCGCUGCCGCCAUCGCCCGCCUUGCAAUCUUGCACCCCAAGCCCCCCACCCCUUCCGUCGCCCUCUCCCCCGCCCUCCUCGCUACUGGUAGUGGCACAGGCGGAAGCGGGUUCGAGGAGGGGGGAAUGGGGGGAGCGGAGGGGGGAGCGGAGGGUGGAGGGUGGGGGGGAGGAAGGGACAAGGAGGAGGAGGCGGGGGCGGGGGUGGCGGUGGCGGCGGCGGCGGAGGCGGUGGGAAAGGCGCGGGUGUGUGGCGAGCUGAUGAGCACGGUGGUGGGCGACGUGGCCAACUUGCGCAACAUUGAGCUUGGCCGCAUGAUGCUGGCCGUUGAGCUCGUUGACGUCCAAGACCUCGUGCAGCAGGUGAGGGAGUGUUGCAG